CGGCGCGCCCCGCUCCGGGCCCCGGCCGGCCAGGGAAGCGGCCCCUCCCGUUACACCCGGGGGAAGGUGUUCCCGAGGCCGCUCCCAUCCUCACCCCGCCUCCCCGCCUCCCCGGCCCCAGCCUCCGCCGGCGGAGCUCCACUAUGCCAGACAGUUUCGACACUUUGCAAAGACAAAGACCAGAGGGAGGAGGUAGGGGAGGACGAGGAGGGGGGGGGAGGAGGACGGAGCGAUGUGAGCCGGGAAGGGGGCGAGUGUUCGGGACCCCCCUGCGUUCUCCUCGGAGCCGCCCCCCUGCCGGUCCCCGAGCCGCGGAAACUCCAGCGUGUCUCCAGCUGCGCCGGGACCAUUUUCAGACUCAACCUUUCUGACCUGGAAAUGCCAAUAGAAGUAAUAAUCAUCAUCGCCAGGGGCUGUGGUGAGCAAACGCUUGGAGCUCUGUGGCCAGGGCAGUUUCAUUUGAGGACCGGAGAUGGACAGUCCCUCAGCCUACUGAGAUGAAGAAACUGAGUCUCAGAGAGGUUAAGGAACUCCCCCGAGGUUGCACCGCUGAGGAAGAUUGACCUGACUUCCCAAGACCAUACAUCUGGUAAACUGGAACCUGCACCUGCGCCAUCUCAAGCCUACUCCGGAGGCCCGAGGCUAAUUGGCAGAGUUUGAGGGCUGAGAUGACAGACAACCCUCAGUGCCUUCAUCGGGCGGGCUGCUUACCUGCCCAUCCCUGGUGACAGCAUGGGAAAGGCCGCUUCUAAUUAAGCGUCAUCACACAUCACCCUCUUCCGGAGGAAGAGUGGCAAAGACAGCUCCCCUCUAUCCUGCACUGUGACCCUUCCUCCGAGGUCCUCCCCUCACCCCCGAGAGUCCAUGCCCUGUCACCAAGAUUAAUUACCCCUCAACCCCUUUGGAUGGCAAAGGCAGUCAUUUUAUUAAGUUUGAUUAAAGCUUCAAGAGACAUUGCCGGAUGUUUCAGGACUGCUGACAAAGCAGCCUGCUUGUUUCCUGAAAAGACCAAUUAUAUGCGAGAAGCGUCAGCCCCCCUCCCCGAGGGGUCCACUUAACCUCCGACCACCACAGGGUGAUGUCCAGCGCACCGGUGUGGCCAUCACCUGGCGGGAGUGAGGUCUGCUGUAGCAGGUCUGGAGGCCCCCCUGCGAGUCCCUGCCUCACCCUGUGACCAAGCCUCUCGUCUCUGGGAAUUUUGUUCCAAAUUCCCCAUCUACCAGGCGUGAUUUCCUCCAGCCCCGCCAGCCCCAGGAGGCGCCCAUCCAGAGAGCAGAGAUGGUGACCAUGAGAAAGAGGACUCUCAAAGUGCUCACCCUCCUCGUCCUCUUCAUCUUCCUCACCUCCUUCUUCCUGAAUUACUCCCACACCAUGGUGACCACCACCUGGUUUCCCAAGCAGAUGGUUGUCGAGCUCUCGGAGAACUUUAAGAAGUUCAUGAAAUACACUCACAGGCCUUGCACCUGUGCCCGCUGCAUCGGGCAGCAGAGGGUCUCGGCCUGGUUCGAUGAGAGGUUCAACCGGUCCAUGCAGCCGCUGCUGACCGCCCAGAACGCGCUCUUGGAGGAGGACACCUACAGCUGGUGGCUGAGGCUCCAGCGGGAGAAGCAACCCAACAACUUGAACGAUACCAUCAGGGAGCUGUUCCAGGUGGUGCCCGGGAACGUGGACCCCCUGCUGGAGAAGAGGUCGGUGGGCUGCCGGCGCUGCGCCGUCGUGGGCAACUCUGGCAACCUCCGAGAGUCCUGGUACGGGCCUCAGAUCGACAGCCACGACUUCGUGCUCAGGAUGAACAAGGCCCCCACGGCGGGCUUCGAGAUGGACGUCGGGAGCAAGACCACCCACCACCUGGUGUACCCCGAGAGCUUCAGGGAGCUGGCGGAGAAUGUCAGCAUGGUCCUGGUGCCCUUCAAGACCACCGACCUGGAGUGGGUGGUCAGUGCCACCACCACAGGCACCAUCUCUCACACCUAUGUUCCUGUUCCUGCAAAGAUCAAAGUGAAAAAGGAUAAGAUCCUCAUCUACCACCCGGCCUUCAUCAAGUACGUCUUCGACAGCUGGCUGCAGGGCCACGGGCGGUACCCGUCCACCGGCAUCCUCUCCGUCAUCUUCUCGCUGCACAUCUGUGACGAGGUGGACUUGUACGGCUUCGGGGCAGACAGUAAGGGGAACUGGCAUCACUACUGGGAGAACAAUCCAUCGGCGGGGGCUUUCCGCAAGACCGGGGUGCACGACGGAGACUUUGAGUCCAACGUGACGUCCACCUUGGCGUCCAUCAAUAAGAUCCGGAUAUUUAAGGGGAGAUGACGCUGCCAAGGAGCACCGGAGCCCGCCUCUCCGUGGCCAGCCCCAGCCUCUGGCUGGAGCCAAUAUGUGCUGGGGGCUUUGAGGGCCAACCUUGGGGGCGUGUUCAGGUGCCCCUCGCACCCCCUCGCACCCCGACAUUUGGCAGCAUCGACUCAGCAAGGCCCUAGAGCCCCGCUGGGUCUGCAGAGCGAGUGUCAGAACUGGUCUUGGAUGGGGACACCCCCCCCACCUCCCUGCACCGCCACUGCUGUCCUGGAGCGGGGGGCAGGUGGGGAGACGCGGGAGGAGGUCCGGUCUCCAAACGCUCAAGUCAUUUCAGCUUUGGGGGGCGGAGGGGGAGAUAUCGAAGACUCCGUGUUCUAAAGUGAAGGACACUGGCCCUGGGCAGAGGGGUCCGGGGCUGACUCUCUGACUCUGAUGCUUGCUGGGUGAGGACGACCUCGGGACAGAGCCACGUCGGGCCAUGUGGACGCUGGGGAUGAGGAGGCACCUUCCUCUGCACGAUGCCCGGCCCCUCCCUCACCGCCUCUGCGGUCUUCCCGAAGCUCCUCUGUGGUGGCCAGGAGAGGCGCCCCACGCCGAAGGUCCUCACAGACGCUUGGCCAAGUGUUUCAGACUCCAGCAGGUGUCUUCUUUGCAAGCUGAGGCUCCCUUGAGUGAUCGAUCUUUGUGGCCAUAAAUGAUGGCUGAGAGCAGAUCUGACUACUUCCACGUGCCUUUGUGCCUGGGGGAGAGCUGUGCGCAUUGGCUGAAAUAAGGCAAAAGCCUUAACUCGGGAACGGGGAGCUCCCCCCUCCCCCCCCCCCCAGCAAUGCCACCCCCUUGCUCUGGAUCUGGGCAACAUCUUCACUAGUUUCCUGAGGCGGUCCCAGAGCUGGAACGAAGCUAGGAUGAUGCUCAACGGCGUCCAGAGGCGCGUCAGCCGCGGCACGUCAUUCUUAGGUUCACAGACUGAUGGAUUUGGGGCCCAUGACCUUCCAAGGCCACACACAGAACCUCCACCAGCCAGCACUUUCCCCCAGGAGCCCACCCUCCGGGCCAAGUCCCUCCGGGCCACCUGCACAGUGUCCUGGGGUUUGUGGGGCCAUCCCAGGAACAUGACCCUCGGAGCGGGAGAAGACAUACCUCAUCCUCUCACUUCUGGGCUGCUCUGAUUCCUCCUCAUGAUUAUUUAUUGAUUUAUUAUUAUUAUUUUUAAUUCAGCUGACAUUGCGUGCACUUUGUGGCUCCGUAGCUGGUCCUGAUGUUUUAAUUAAGCUUGCUCUUGCUUCACCUGGCAGCCGGGGCAUGGGGGGCUUAAGUCAAGGUUUGCAGGAGUCCUCAGACUUGGGAGGGGGAUGCAUAUCUAGGGCUUGGGGGCUCGCUGGUGGGCAAAUGCCAGGGUUUCAGGUUGGUAGGUUCUCCAAGUGCUCUGUACCUCCUUCCCUUCAGCUCUGCCUCCCUUCUCCAUCAUUGCGGGUCGGGAUCAUUCUCAGGCUAAGAAUCUGCAAAACCCAGCGGGACGACCUUGGGGCCAGGUGGGGAGUGGAGUCACACAGGCAGGGCAGCAAUGGUUGGCUCCGGUUGCUGACACUGAAUCAGAAAAUCCACGUUUCCUAUUGAGAGCAUUUCCUAACAGGCCACUGCUACUUCGAGGAGGUAUGACAGCGUCCCGGCUGUCACGGGGGCCCGUCUCCUGUGCUCCUUGCAGCAGCACUCUGGCAAGUUCUGUUCUCCUGGCUUCAGUCUCUGCCUCUGCAAACAGAGAGGGAGGCAUUUGGGGAGCUCAGGGGGCCACAGGUGGUUUCAGGGGGUUCGCAAGUGUCCCCAGAGAGAGCACGCCAUGCCCGUGUUUUACCCCAAGCCUGUGUGUAUGAGCAUAUAUUCCUGGGGAGCGGUGCCGUAGCUUUCAUUCGAUUGUCAGAGGUUCAGAACCCAGACAAUGGUUUACACAAAACGACAGCAAGCAAACAAAAACCCGUUUGAGCUUUAAAAUCCUCCAACACUUAGACUCUCUUGACCCCUAAAGGCUCGUAAAUCACUACGAGGUCAGCAAGCUGAUCAUAAAUCCCCAAAGACUAUAUAGCAGGCAUCUGUGGGUUGGCUGAUGAAUCCGCUGAGAGAAGUGGGCACAGAGCGGCCUCCGAGCUCCUCCCCGAGUCCUGGAAGAGCCGAGUCCAGUCAGAGCUGAUGGGUCCAGAGCGCUCAGCCUGCAUCGGAGCUGUGCUGAGUCAGGACAGGUCCCCAGAGUAAGGAGGGGGGUCUCUCUCCCUCCCCACCCCACUGGGCCAUCCAGGCUGUUGAGAGGACUUCCCACCUGCCUUCCCGUGUAACACUUGAGAAAAGUGAGGCCCGGAGAAGGGAAGUGGCUUGCAAAAGUGAACCUGUUGUGCUGGACAACGCAAGUCAGACCCUUUGAGCAAAGAUAGAGCACGAUCGCUGCAUGUUGAACACACCUCGAGGUGGGCUUUCCCAGCCGGCUUCCAUCCAGCCUCCCUGAGGACUGUGACCGGGCACAGGUGGGCUCCUCAGGCUGCCUGUGGUGGCCCCCGCAAGCUCCGGUGUCUGCCUUUUCCCCCAUCCCUCCAGUGAGGGAGACAUCCUUGCUCUUCCCUCGGCCCCAGCAGACUUGUCUUUGUGUUCGUUGGCUUAGCAAAGGGGUCUAACCCGAAUGCACCGACGGGCUUCAGCCCCCUGGCAUCCGUACCUGGGGUAAGGGUGGCUGAGAAUCCGACCAGAGUAUUUCCCCCAGAGCUCGUGGCUGUGGGCAGGAUAACGAGAACCACCCGCCCCUCCACUCGGAGGAGGCUCCUGAAUGCCCACCCCAGUGUUGGGCUCCCAGCCUAGGGCCCUGCUUGCUCCUCAAGCACAGAGCUCCCUUGGAGGCCAGUCCUGGACCCCGGGACAGGGAGCAGAGGCAUCCCUGCCUCUCUUAGUGCUGAGCCCAAAGCCAGGAAGACCAGGGCCGAGGAGGGAGGGAGAGAUUUUAGCACCCUCCCCGGCCCUGGGGAGCCAGGAGCUGGAGUCACCUGCCGCAAAUGCAAGACCUAGUUCCACGUGCCCCCCUCCGCCCCUGUCCUCACCCCCUUGAUAGGGCGGGUUUGUAGCGUCUGGCUCCCAGAGCCAUCAGGCAAAAAAAAAAAGUUCUUAAAGAGAUGAUUUUAGGGUCAUGUGCUUAGUGGGAGAAGCCGAAUUCAAGGAAAUGGGACUUAAAACGGGGAAGCCAGACGAGAAGGUCGGGGGCGGGGGGGGGGGGGUCCGGGUGCGAUUCUUGCAAGUGCUGAGGCCAGAAGGACCGAGCCUCUCGGGGUCCAGGGUAGAGUGGAGUCAGCGGGGAAUAUUUAGGACUGUGAUGUUUGUGGUAAUGGUCCUCUUCAAGGCAGCCUGGACACAAAGCAAAAUGGGAAACAGAAAAGAACUCACCGUCCCUCACGUGGGUAGGACCAAAACCGCUUUCUCCAGGGAGGCGCAAGCCCAGAGUGGCCGCCGUCCGGCCAAAGCCAGCCUCGUGCCAUCGGGAACCGGCCACCACCCAUGCCCCUCCGGAGAGCUCGGGGUCGUCAUCGUGUCCACCACGGGCAUCUGGUUGGCAGCAAACGUGCCCACAGGCCACUGGCCGGUCAUCGUCCCCUGUGGUCUGGGCUGACAGGUUUGAGACCAAGUCCGCUGCCUCGCUCGGGCCUGUCCUGAAGACACCAGCGCCCCGGCCUGUGGGGUGCUCCGUGAUGCCUCCCUGCGGGGAAGAGCAGGGGACCAGGGAGGAAGAUCAGAGACAGGUGAAGAAGCGACAGUCCCCGCAUCCCAGCCUCAGGGCAUUUGCAUCCUCUUGGCCCAUACUUUUCCUCUCGGCCCAGCAGACGUCUGCCCUGCCCUUGCCCUUGACCCCAUUGCUGCGCUUCCCUCAAAGGACGGGCCUGGCCUUGGUGGCCACCUGCGGACAGCCCUGCGCCCAACGCCUGCUUCACCCUGGGGCCCGGGUCCUGAGGGGCCGCCCCCAGGACGAUCGCGGCUGCCCCACGGCGCCGGCCCCUCACCGGCUUCGCGUCCAAGCCAAAGUUUCUCGAGCACUUUUUUGUUCUUUGCAAUCAUGCUGGGUUCAUUGUUGGUAUUUUAAAAUUUUGCUUCCCUCUCCCUCUGGCCUCGCUCCUGUGUGUGUUUUGUAGCUGAGCGCUAACCUGGAUGCUUUUUUGAAUGACCUUUGCAAGAGCCUGCCUUCCUCGGCCUCUGCUCUGUUUUAUUUAUUGUUGAAUAUUUCCAAUGAUCCAAAUCAAAGUGAAUUAAAACAAAGCUAUUUUAUCGUUC